AUGGAGCAACCGCCCUUUCGGAAACCGGUAACCGUUGAGAUCACGUACAAAGCACCACUGGGCCAUGGUGCAAGAUCGCGACCACCAAAUGCGGCAAAAUCGUCACUACCAAAACCAACGACGAAUGCUUGGAAAAUCGGUGCCCUUCCGGACCUUAAAGUAUGUGAACUGUUGCGUGGAUCCCGAUUAUCACUCGAUUCCCGUGAAUUACUGACCAGUGCUUUGCAAACUAAUUGUGCGUCUAGUAGUACCGUUAACGCAACGAUCCUGUCCGGUGGUGUUACGAUAAUCCCGAUGAGUUACAUGAAGCCUGUACUUGCCGAAAACGUGCAUCCUGCAAACUGGAAUCAACAACCGGCACCGAAUCAUCCGCAUGCAACGAAGAGCAGUAAAUCGAAAAUCAAUCGAAACGAUUCGAAGAAGCGUAUCGAAAUUUGUCCCGACAUAAGCAUCUUCAAAAUUCCCAUGGCUCGUCCUCCCAGUGUUCUGGCUGGCAAAACUAAACCAAUGUCGAACCAGCAACAAAACGGUCCGUCAACAAUCGUGACAUCAAAUCCCGCACCGGUUUUACCCAUCAACAGCACAACCGUGGUAUUGCCGACCAAUUCGUCCGGUGCGAUCAACGAACUGCAGUUUAUUGCUGGCUCGGCGACAACACCGACAUCCACCGGAUUGAUAAUGUAUCGUCCAAUUGCCCCGAAGCCCAUGGCUACGGUACAAAGUUUGAUGACCACUGCUUUGCCUGUAUCAACAGUGGCUCCGAUACUGCUAUCGUCAACGGUCACAAUUAAUCCUGGGACACCAAUAAUCACGGAGGGUGUAAUGAAUUCUACUACCAGUUGUGGAACCGGGAAUUUGCCGAACGGUGGUGUAUCGGGUAUGGUGUUGCAAUCAGUUGUACCAUCGCAUAUACAAGCCAACCAACUUCAGGAUCAGUCCGCACUUUACGCUACUGGGUCGAACCUCGUGCUUCCGUUCGGUACCACCAUCAAGGUAACGCAGGGUGCCCUUAAUCAGCAACAACCUCAAAUGCAGCCCACUGCCGUGCCGAUAGCUACGGUCAAUGCUCAGCUACAACCGUCACUCGUACAUACACCAUCCCCACCGGUACUACAGUCGCUAGGUACCAUUUCGAUCACAAAGCCGCACCAACAACCGCAGAAGAUGGUGUUAAGUACUAGACUUCCGAUUGCUUCUACUUCAGCCGGUCCAAUUAGUCCGGCCAACAUGCCACCGCUGUACGUGCCUCCAAAUAAGGCUUCGAUUGUUACAACCGUGCCAAAAGCUGGUGUACCAAUGUCAACGUUAUCUGUCACCGGCAAGAUUCACGGAGAGACUCGCCAGAUAAUGGUCACAGGACCAGCCAACAAUAACAUAGUCAAGCGUCGUAUGUCUAUGGGUAUAUUAAAGGUACCGACAGCCACGGUUGAACAGCAAGAGUUAAGGAAACCAAUUAAGGCAUUUCCUAUUCCUUUACUAAGUCCGUUCACACCUCAACCGACCGUACAGCAGCAGCAACAACAGCAUUCGGACCAACAACUCAUUUCUGAACCUAACAAAGAUCAAACCGUUCCACUUCCAUCGAGUGCCCGACAUUUUGCGGAACAGUGUGGCCAGACAGCAAAUGUGAAUUUGUCGCUGCAGUUGGAAAAUGAACCAGCUGCUCCCAUCACUGAGGACGAGUUGUCGAAUGAUGGUUCCAUGUUGGUGAUGGACCUUGGCGAAACCAACAUGCCGGAAGUGAAACAGGGCGAGAACAGCAUGAUUUUCGGUAAAGGCAUGGAACGUGCUGCUAUUGUUGCGCAUGCAAACGGGGAAAACUUGCUAGAGGUUGAUAACGAUAAUGAGCUAAUUGUUGGCGAACAGUUUAAUGAUGCAUCCAAUUUUUCCAACCUGCUGGAAGGUAUGCUACCUGAGAAGAAUGUUUCUUAUCAACUGGAGGUGCCCAAAACUCCGGAAAAAAAGAGAUCAUCAUCGCCGCAACUCGGUGCGACCGGUACCGGUACAAACGUGAGCCCCCGAUUGCAGAAGCGUUCAUCUUCCGAGCAUCAACAGUCAAAGGUAAAAGUGAGCUUAUCACAUGCGGAGGCUGCUGUUCCGCAAAUAAAUCCGAACCGCCGACGGUUUUCGGAGUUUGCUUUGGUUCGAACACCACCGGUCGGUGUUACUAUCCCGUUUACAGACGAACAUUACUAUAUACCGCUCGGUUCCAGUAAUGCACGCAAGACCACGGUCGGUGUUGACCAGAAAAUUGGUGGCGUACAGGAACCGCGUAUAAAACAAGCCAAUUUUGCUAGUGAUCAAAAGAAUAAAGAACUGUUAGUACCUCCACAACCACCAUCAUCGGCGCAAAACGUUUCGUUGCUGUGUAAUGAAACGAUUGAUGUACCGAAACAGAUCGAAGAAAUGCUUAAAAAACGGCCUAGUAUCCCGAAGCAAGUUAGACCGGCGACCGAUGCACUUAACGAGAUGGAUCAAGAAUCAGUCACAUCGGAGGAGUUUAGUCGCAAAAGGCAACGCUUGGCGAAGGAAAACAGUAUUGAGCGCAGUAUCAACAGUCGGUCGACAUCGAUGUCCUCCGACAGUAACGUGCCUGCUGGAAAGCUGGCACGCGGUAACCAAACAUCCGAAUCAGUCAAAAAGAACGCAUUGGGAACGCGAGCUGGUGGCAAAAAGUCGCGAGCAGCUGGUGGCGAAGCGUCGAAUCAAAUCACGCCAUCCGAAUCGUCCGCUAGUCUGCAGGACGAUGGAGGACCGGUGUACGAUACAUCAACCGUUGCAGACCAUCUGCGCUGGUAUGAUGGUGUCGGGUACCUUAGCGAAAGCACGAUGCACUUCGAGUUCAACAAGUUUGGCAUUGUGCAACCGCUCUCGGAUGAAGCGUACGAUCUGCAUUGCCAGACGGACAUUUAUCGUCAUAUGAAGCUGCGGAUCGGCGACCGGCCGCUACUGGCGGCGAAGCCUAAAGAGCACGAGUCCUACAAGUGUGAGGUAUGCUCGAAUCGGGGCCGGGCGGCUGAUUUUGUUACACCGGACUUUUGUAGCAUCAGCUGCGUGCAGGCAAGCAAAAAAACCUUUUUACGCGAUUACAUCAUGAAUUCAACGCACGCACUGCAACAAGCGUAUGGUUUGUCGAAGGAAAACAAGGUUGGUGCGGGUAAGCUUCCGUCCGCGGCAGGAAAGAAACAAAAGAUUCAGCGGACCAAGAAGAAACAGCAAACGGAGAAGCAAAAUAUCAAGAAAGCAUCACCGAUCUCUAUUACGACGGCCUCAUCCACUAGCGACGAUGAUUCGAUGAGCUCGCUGAGCCUUAACUCAAGCAUCUUCCUUAAACGGCAGGCAUUACGGGAAUUGAUGCCGGCCUCACUCGACGACAGUCCACCUCCACCGUCGACGGCACGAUCCACCGCUGACAACGUCAUUGAGGGUGGUGAGGACACCGAGUUCAAUUGGAACCAUUAUCUCAAAAAGAUAAACGGAGAAUCCGCUCCGAUCCAUCUGUUUGGUCCCAACCCAUUUCCAUCGUCUGGUUUGGGAGCUGUCCAGCACAAAUUCCGUAUCGGCACGAAGCUGGAAGCGAUCGAUCCGGAGAACAACUCCCUGUUCUGCGUCUGUACGGUGGCCGAGGUUCGUGGUUAUCGUCUGAAGUUACAUUUUGACGGUUACCCGGCCGAAUACGACUUCUGGUUGAAUGCAAACUCCAUUGACAUCUUUCCACCCGGCUGGUGUCAGAAGACAAACCGCGUGUUGCAACCACCGGCCAGUUACAUAGGACGGCUAUUCCACUGGCCAAGUUACCUGCAGGAAACCAAUGGUCUCAUGCCCGAGAGUGAUAUGUUUAUGCAUCUAAAUCAUACGAGCGAUAGGAACAGGUUCGAAAUCGGUAUGGCCAUAGAGGCGGAUGAUUUGAAAAAGUCGGGCAAAGUGUGCGUCGCUACGGUGGCGGACAAAAUGGGCGACCGGAUACUGAUACACUUUGACGGAUGGGAUAACCGAUACGAUUACUGGGUGAGCAUUCACUCCAACUACAUUCAUCCAGUUAACUGGCAUAAGGAAAACAAUGAUAAAAUCACCGCACCACCAGAUUGGAACAAACCAUUCGACUGGGAUAAGUACCUUCGAGUAAAGUCACGGAGCAACCUGGGCUCGAUUACUAAGGCGGAAAAGCCACUGUUCAAAACACGCCCACCGGUACACUUCAAACUUGGCCAACUUCUCGAGGUGGUGGACAGGAAGCAGAAAAAACUAAUUCGCCCUGCUAAGAUCGUCGCCACUGACGGUUAUGAAGUGAGCCUGUGCUUUGAAGGUUGGCCCCGGGAGUAUGAGUUCUGGAUUGAGGAUGACAGUCCGGAUCUGCAUCCCAUCAACUGGUGUGCCCGAACGAAUCAUCCAUUGGAACCGCCGCACAAUUUUCAGCUGUCCAGCGACACAUUUGACGGCACGUGCGAGCUAAAGUUUUGCCUGAGCAGAGGCAAUAGCAAAUAUUCACAGAAAAAGUUUCACGAUCGAUCGUCUGAAUGUCCGUACAAGCGUAGCAACUGGAUGAGCGAAGACCGCAAACCGCUCCGUCUUAGCCAUGACCAAGUACAAACACAUAACAUUGUGAAGAUGCAGCCUGCCGAAGAGACGCCUAAUGUCAAACAACUCAACCCCAACAGUGUGGCGGAGCUACGGGCAGCUGCUCGGAAGAAUGUGGCUACCUCGGCGCUGAACACCAUCAAGGCAUCGGCGGCAAGGAGGCGUGCCAGCGUCGCAUGCAUUACUCCUACCCCCGUACCAUCUAAGCGCAUCAAGCAAGAAGCGGAUGAGCCGCUUAGUACUGCUACCUCGACUUCAACACCAACACCACCACCGUCCCGCGAUCCUUCCAAGGAGCGUAUUAUAGCGAGGGUCAAAGAAACGGAGGAUACUGCCGCCAGUAACCAUUCGGCGGCCCGCGCUUCAAACGUGAACGAAUCCAUCCGUUUGGCUCGUCCCGUCAUCGAGGAGUACGGUCCACGGUUGCUGCAUUCGUACGAAGUGUGGCAACGGCAUUCCCGCUACCUGGACGAAUGUACCGAACAGACCGGUGCAAUGCGCAAAAAUCCACUACACUGGACGACGGAUGAGAUGGCACGCUACAUAGAGCAACUGCCCGGUUGCGCGGAGUACGCGAGUAAGAUCCGGAACGAGGAAAUCACUGGCCGAUCGUUUCUGAGCUUAACACAAUCCGAUCUAAUCGAUUAUCUUGGCGUGAAGAUAGGACCGGCCAUUAAAAUCUACAACCGUAUCAUUCGAUUGCGCCAACUCGUAACUACCAAGUUCAUUCAGUUGUAG